CAGUCAGUCUACCAAUAAACAGCCUCUGACAGUGCGAUUGGCAGCGGCAGCAGGAGUAACAGCCCGACAGACACAAUAUUUUUUUUCCGGACGGCGAGAGGUGAUGGUAGUGUGUUCUCGGUGCUGCAAGCUUCAUUCCCAGAAUGGACACUUCGCAACCCGGUGUGGUUUUAGGUGCGCUGGGUGUCAGAGAGUAGCAUCCAUCCAGCCUCACUGCGCACGGAUUGUUAGACUGAUUUCUUCCAUGCAUCCGCAUUGGGAAAUGAUGGGGCAUGCAGCCUAGGCUGGUCAUUUCCCUGUGCUCUGAUGUAUGAUUAUUACACCAUGUUUUUUCCUAAUUUAACAUAUCCACUGACAAAAGAUCAUCUCUUUGCUGGCAGCUGCUCGCAUUGCUGUCUUACAUCUCCACUGACAUCUCUCCUGCACACAAUUGUGUAGAUUUUUUUCCUCUUUUUUUUUUUUUUUUUUUUGCAAGACAUCAUCCCCACAAGAAAUGCCUCUUCAGGUGCUGGCUGCUGACAUCCCGCCAGCCUUCUUAAAAAAAUCCAAAAACACAUCAGGAUCGCGGGGUGAGCCGACAUGGAUAGUGGGAGCCCGGCUGCGACGGUCGGGGACGGUGCAGCCAAUUUCACAGCAGCCCACCUCAGGCUGGAUCUCCUGAACGCGUCGAGCCCGCCGACCCGGUGGGGCAGCGGGUCACCUGCCGAGGGGACCGGGCUGGAAGAGCAGCAGCGCCUCCUCCGAGAGCAAGCCUACCGAGACUUCACCACCACCAUUCAGGUUUUCAUCCUCAUAAGUUCGCUGCUCGGAAAUGCCACGGUGUUGUGGUGCACCUGCUGUACGAAUGUCUUUAAAUCUGUGACCAACCGAUUCAUAAAGAACCUGGCGUGCUCUGGCAUCUGCGCCGGCCUGGUCUGUGUUCCCUUCGACGUUGCACUCGGAGCCAGCCCUCGCUGCUGCUGGUGGCUCCACACUCUGCUGCUCUGCAAGGCCAUCAAGUUCCUCCAUAAACUCUUCUGCUCGGUCACUGUGCUCAGUUUCAGUGCCAUCGCACUCGACAGAUACUACUCCGUGCUGUACCCGUUGGAGAGGAAGAUCUCGGAUGCAAGAUCCCGAGAUCUGGUCAUCUAUAUCUGGGUCCAUGCAACGGUGGCAAGCCUCCCUGUGUUUGCUGUGACCAAUGUGACAGAUGUAUACGUCACCUCAUCCUGCUCAGAUGACCACGCCCGCUCCCUGGGCCACAUGGUGUACGUGCUGAUCUACAACAUCACCACGGUGAUCCUCCCUCUCGCUCUGGUCUUCCUCUUCAUGCUUCUGAUCCGCAGAGCGCUCAGUGCCAGCCAGAAGAAGAAGGUGAUAAUUGCAGCCUUGAGGACUCCCCAGAACAGCAUCUCCAUCCCGUAUGUGUCCCAGAGAGAGGCUGAGCUACAUGCCACGCUGCUGGCUGUGGUGUUAGCUUUCUCAGCCUGCAGUGCCCCCUAUGGGGCCUUGGUGGUUUAUCGCACCAUUUUGGCAGACAGUAAAGAGCUACCCAUCUUACUGUAUCUGACAGCCCUCUGGCUACCAAAGGUGUCCCUGCUCACCAACCCACUUUUGUUUCUAACUGUUAACCGCUCAGCUCGUCAUAGCUGGUUGGACCUGCUAGCCAGGAUUCACAGACGUUACAGCCGCCGUAACGUCGUCAGCACCGGGGGUCUGGCGUCUUUAGGGGCAGAGGGUGUGAUCGGGGAGCCGGUGGGACUGGAGACAGCCGGCCGCUCUGGGAGCCAGCUUCUGGAGAUGUUUAAUAUUGGCCAGCAGCAGAUCUUUAGGCCUUCUGAGGAAGAGGAGGAAGAAGAGGAUGUAGAGAAUGAGAUCCCUUCUCAAGGAUCAGGAGGAGGGUCUAAAGAGGACCACAAGGGUGGGUCAAGACUGGGGAGCCUCAGAGGGGAGGUGAUCACCAAAAAGGACCCUCUGCAGGGGACAGGGGGAGGGUUGGUCAUCACCAAGGAUGGCCCUCCUUCAGUCAUAGCACCCCGGGCCUCUCCGGUCCACCCAUGUGCUUAUGCCUCUUCAUCUCAGGUGGCACCAGCAACACCUACAGAAGCUGAGGACUCCACACAGUUUGGUUUUGGACCCUUUGAACUGCCACCUCAGUGGUUACCAGAGACCAGGAACAGCAAGAAGAGGCUGCUGCCUCCGCUGGGUAACACACCUGAGGAGCUGAUCCAGACCAAACUGCCCAGGCCACGGCCUGAACGGAGAAUCAGCAGGAACAACAAGGUCAGCACCAUCCCCACUGUGGACCCAUGAACUAUUCCUGCUGGCCACAGAUCGGCAACACUGGUCACAGUUAAUUUACAGGGUCGGUCUCUUGGGUUGACCAGGCCUUGGCAGGAUAUUGAUGUGUCAAGCUGCUCAGUGAAAUGGUUUUUUGGUUCAUUUAAACCGUUUCACCUUUUUUCCCCUCGUUUUUUCCUCAGAUGCAGUAGUAGCUCCAGUGUCCAGGUUUUCCACUUUACUGCACAAAAGUGAGACACCUGAGGCCUGCAGCUUUCUUAUUGGACAAAAAUCAAUUUAAUAUCAAAUAUUUACAAUGCUGUGAGAAAUAUGCCAGCUCAGUCCAACUGCACUAAGAAUUCUGUGAUUAAGGACUCCUACAAUGGCUACAUGAUUCAGAGGGCAGAUACCUUUUUGAAUCUCCCUUUUUUCAUUAGAGCUGGCAUCUGUAGGUAAAUGAACACACUGUACAAAUCCAAUUAUCCUGAGAGAUGCACUGAUACGGAAUAAUAUAGUUCCAUAACAAAUAAUCAAGCAAGGAUAUUGAACCUGCUCACAAAACAUUUUGUAAAAUGGUUAUGCUGUGAUUGCACUCUGUAAAUGAACACAUCUCAGUGUCAGUUCCUUUACUUAACCCUUUGCGGUACUGUUUUUUGUAACCAUGUUUGAGAAGUUUUACUUCAAUAUUUGGGAUUAACUUGCCCUUUGCUGGCCUUUUGGAAUAUUCACAUUUCUUCUAAUGUGGUAGAUGUUGUUGUCAUUUGUACUUUAAAUGUAAGUGAAUUUGAUAAGAGGCUAAAUGCAGCUGUACAGUAUGCAAUGACAUGUUGUAAAAAGAUUAAAUUUAAAGUUUGUGAGUGUG